GUCAUUAGAAAUCACAGAAGCUCAGGAUCAGUUGUGAUGGUCGAUGAAACAAAGAUUGGACUUGUUGGCUGCAACCACCAAAUUUGGAGAAAGAAAAGGAUAAGCUUGUCAAGAAACAGAUACCUUCAUACCAGGUGGGCAAUGUGAAUUUCCAAGAUGGGUCAUCUACUGCUGCUAUUUACAGUUCUUAUUUAUGCUCUGACUCCGAUAAAUGGUGACUUUGUGAUUGAAGAACAAAAAAAGCUUCAGAAAAGAAACAUUGGCCAGCCAGAGAAGGACAUAGAGGUCUACAGUAUAGACAUCAACUGUCGGGUAACAUCACGUUUUGCCCAUAAUAUCAUCACGAGCCGAGCUGUGAAUCUUGCCAACAUAUCAAAAGAAGCCUUCUUUGAUGUGGAUCUGCCAAAAACUGCUUUUAUUACAAAUUUCACCAUGACAAUAGAUGGAGUUAUGUAUCCAGGACUAAUAAAGGAAAAAGAAGCUGCUAAGAAACAGUAUGCUAAAGCUGUAUCAAGGGGCCAAACAGCAGGACUUGUCAGGGCCUCUGGAAGAAAUACAGAGAAAUUCACUGUAUCGGUUAAUGUGGCCCCAGAAAGUAAAGUAACGUUUGAGUUGGUCUAUGAAGAAAUGCUGAAACGUCGCCUUGGAAAGUAUGAGAUGUUCAUCAAGGUCCAGCCUAAAUCUCUUGUUAAAAGCUUUCAGAUUGAAGUGGACAUACAUGAGCCACAAGGCAUCAGCUUUCUAGAUGCCCAAGCAUCUUUUAUAACCAAUGACCUGCAACCUGCUAUCAAAAAAUCUCUACUUGGAAAAAAGGGCCAUGUCUCUUUUAAACCCACCAAAGAUCAACAGCGUUCUUGUCCCGACUGUGAAACUACAUUACUGGAAGGAGAUUUUACUGUGACCUAUGAUGUUAAUAGAGAAUCACAUGGAAACAUACAGGUUGUGAAUGGAUAUUUUGUGCACUUUUUUGCACCUCCCAAGUUGCCUGGAGUUCCAAAGAAUGUGGUUUAUAUCAUAGACAGAAGUGGAUCAAUGAUGGGUAAAAAAAUUGAUCAGACAAAAGAAGCACUUCUUCAAAUCCUGAAUGACACUCCACAGCAUGAUCACUUCAAUUUCAUUCUGUUUUCCUACAAUGGUCAACUUUGGAAAGAUUCUUUGUUACAAGCAACACCCGAAAACCUUGAAAAGGCGAGAACAUUUGUCAAGAAUAUUACUACUGAUGGCGUAACAAACAUUAAUGACCCUGUAUUGAUGGCUGUUGAGCUGCUGAAUAAAGCACAUGAUUUUAAAAGGGUUCCUGAGAGAAGUGUUUCCAUUAUCAUUCUCCUCACAGACGGAGAAGCCAAUGCCGGUGAAUCUAACCCUGCAAAAAUCCAGGAGAAUGCAAAGAAAGCCAUUCAAGGAAGAUACACCUUGUACAGUCUUGGUUUUGGUCAAAGUGUUAAUUAUCCUUUUCUGGAGAAGUUAGCUCUGGAAAAUUCAGGAAUUGCCCGUCGCAUAUAUGAGGACUCAGAUGCAGCUUUACAGUUGCAGGGUUUCUACAAUGAAAUUGCAAAUCCAACAUUGACUGAUAUUGAAAUGCAGUAUCCUGAGAAUGCUGUAUCUGACCUCACUCAGAACAACUUCAAGCAUUACUUUGAAGGGGGUGAAAUUGUUGUUGCCGGACGUGUAACAGAUAAUAACUUGAACUCAUUUAUUGUGGACGUAAAGGCAGAAGGGGCAGAUACAUCUUUAGAAUACACUGAAAGAGUCCAUCUUGAUGAAAAGGUUGAUGUAAGCAAAGAGCAAAAAUACAUCUUUGGUGACUUUACAGAGAGACUCUGGGCAUAUCUCACUAUACAGCAGCUCUUAGAGAAACGACUUCAUGCACCCCCAUCAGAGAAAGAGAACCUAACAGCGCAAGCUCUUGAUCUGUCCCUGAAGUUUAAGUUUGUGACUCCUUUAACAUCGAUGGUAGUUACAAAACCAGAGGAAAAAGACAAGAGCCAAGAAGAAUUAAUUGCUGACAAAUUUGUGGAAGAGAUAAGGGAUUUAUCUGGAAGAUACCAUGCACAAAAUUUAAGGCGACCAGUUCCUGUCGCUUUGUCACCAAACUUUGGCCAACAAGGUCCUGCUGGUCCAUCACCAAACUGGGUUGACUCGGACCCACAUGUUGUCAUUAAUGUUCCUCAAAUGAACGAUGCUUUGUGCUUUAAUAUUCAAGAGAAGCCUGGUGUGAUCCUCAAUUUGAUUAUGGAUCGUGUUCUGGGUAUUUCUGUAAAUGGAGAACUUAUUGCAAAAGAGAAAUCAAAUGAAACUUAUUUUGGAAAAAUUGGGAUUGUAAACAAAAAUACGAAGAUAAGAAUAGAGGUGAACACAGACAGAGUCACUGUCCUAAAGAAUAAAAACAAAAAAACCUUCUUAUGGCAGAAAACUGGCUCUAUAAGCGAGGAGGGGUUUAACCUGGUAAUCAACAAGAGAACAAAUCUGACAUUAUCAUUUGGAGAAGGAGCAACAUUUUUCAUUAUUUUGCAUGAAGUUUGGAAAAGUCAUCCUUUCCCUAUGCGUUUCCUUGGCUUUUACACUUUAGAUGAUUAUGCAUUUUCCAGAGGAGUUCAUGGACUGUUAGGACAAUUCUUUCAUGGUAUUGAAUAUGAAAUAUCCAGCCUUCACAAAAAUGAAAAAUCAGGCAAACAAACUGCAACAAUGAAAGUGAAGAAUAAUCUACUGACUGUGACAAGGGGUUCAGAAAAGGACUACAGAUCAAACUUCAGGAAUGGCAUUAAAACUCCCUGCUGGUUUGUGCAUUCCAAUGGAGAAGGCCUGCUUGAUGGAACCCACACAGAUUAUAUUGUGUCUGAUAUUUUUAGCAAUGCCUAGUAGUAAUAAUGUAUAAAAGAAUAUUCAAAAAGUAGUUGUCCUAUGAUAAAACCUGUAUUUAAAUCUCCAAUAAAGUAAAAUUUAUUGGUAAAUUAAGUUAUUUUACUACCUUUCUGUGGUAUUCCAUGCUUUCUUGCAUUUGAUGCAAACUAUCUGCUCUGAUGUCUUAAUUAGCCCAACUUCCUGUCUGUUGUACAUCCUGUGAAAGACUUCCUGUUACUUUGUACACUCUAGCCAGGAACUCAGACAACACACCCAUAAAAAGGAAUAGUGGUAGAAAAAUAGAGUUGGCUGAACUCCUGGCUAGAGAGUCCUGACCAGACAGGAAGUUAGAAUAACACAGAGAACAGGGCAGACAAUUUGCAUCAGAAGCAGAAAGAAAUCACGAAAAAAAAAAAAAAUAACAGAAAAGGUAGUAAAAUAACUUUACCAGUAUAUGUUCAUUUAUUUGACAGCUGAAAAUCAUCGUUGGACAACCUCUAAGUUUGAAUCACUGAAUAGAGGUUGUCUGUUCAACACUGGAUGGAUGGAAUUGGCUUGUAAUUAUGACAACAUCUAUCUCCAUUAUGGUCAGCCCCUACACAUCUCUCUUUAAGAGAGGAUAACCCUUUUUAUUUUGUACACAUGAUAAAGGAUAUUCCCCCUUUUAAGUUUUCCCCUAUAUUUGCCAGAGCACAGUGCCCCUAAAAACAGUUGUUGCAGCUUUGCAGGACUUGGCUCAACCAUGUAUUCAUUUAGUUGGGCUCUAUGUAUUACUACAUAAAUGUGUGUGUGACAUUAGGUAUAUCAUCUGAUUGCUUAGGAUUCCAGUAGUUGGACCUAUGACAACUAACUGAUUGUUAGGGCAGCAUGUUAUAGGCUGUUGUUGUAAGGCUUAUAUUAUGAGUAGUAUUUUGUUUAGAAAGCAGGAGUGGAACCAACACAGAAAAAGGUGCCAUUUUUUUCCAUAAUCGUUUUCUGUAUAUCUUCCCCUCCUGGUUUCAAUUACAAAUACUGAGCAAAAUAUUGACCAUAAUACUAUGUGUGAAUCUUAGGCUUAUAUUACAUGGUAUAGAGGUGUGAGGGCACCAUAAUAGACUCUCUGUAUGAUAAUAAAUAAAUGAU